UGUGUGUGUGUCAGUUUCCAUGUUAUGCUUUCUUGACAUUAAUAAAGCAAAAUACACCUCAAGAGGUUAAACACCUAGAUGUAAAGGGGAAAAAAUAUGUUAUAUGCUAAAGAACUAUGAACUGAUGGCAUACCAUUUAAAAUCACAUUAGUGGGUUUUUUUUGUGAGAUCCUGAAAAUGUAAUUAUUAAAUGAUAAAUGUAUGAGGGUGGCAUGGCUGUGUGUUGUCACCUCACAGCUCCAGGGUCCGUGGUUGGAGCCUGAGCCUGCAUUACUGUCUGAGUGGAGUUUCUGUUGUGCAUGUUCUCCCAAUGUUUCCUGCAGGUUCUCCGGUUUCCUCUCACCUCGAAAAAGAUUCUGGUAGGUGGAUUGCCUGUGCUAAAUUCCCCCUAGGUGUGCAUGGUGCUUUGCAAAGUACUGGCAUUCCAUCAUGUGUGAAUUCUCUCGCCUUGCACCGGUGCAGUGUUCCCAAGAUGGGCUACAGAUCCACCACAACCCUGACCAGGAUAAAGUGGUUACUGAAGAGGAUGAUAACGAUAUAAUCGUUUUCAAGGACAAUAUGCAUGCGAAAGGUACACACCAUGUCCCUUUGAUGGUAUAACCCCAGCGACAUUUCUGAGAGUGCAGGGGACUACAUGAGCUCUAUAGAAAACAACAGCGAGGAUUCAGCACCAGCAGCACAGCAUCAUCAUCAUCAGCAGCAUCUCGGAUCUUUAAGGUGACCGCAGCAUCCCGACCCGCAGAUCCUUACAGUGCUGCGUUUCAGUUUUAAGAGCAAUAGAGCCGACCAUGACUCUGCAUUCUCCUCCACUAAGCGCAUGCCCCCUGGUGGUGUUUUUGUCAUGUAUGAUCGGACUGACUGCUGCAUCAACGGGCUACCAGAAACCAAGCUUUCUGGAUUUUGACUCCUGGUGGUAUCACACACCCCGUGGCCCUCAGAUAUUCUCCUGCCUCACCUACUUGGAGAGGAAUGUGCGUGUGGAUUGUGAGUUCCCGAAAAGCGACAAGAUCCCUGGGCCGUUCUGCGAGUUCAAACAGGAUGGACGCCUGAUGGGCACCACGAAUCCCAACAACCCAGUGCACCUCAUUCCGCCCAUAGAGACCAGACGUCGUGCCAAUGUCACACUGGUGCCCCCCAACAUCUGCCGCCUCACGUGGAUGCCUAUGUCAGAUGACCGGGCAUACGCUUACACCUGCAGGGUAUAUCAGGGAAGCACCUGGAAAGAGAAUAGCAUGUCCUUUAACCAAAGACAUCUCCUAGUUUGCUCCGCUUUGACUGUAAUAGCUCACGCUGCACUUUGGAUUGUUUCCAUCACCGUUUCACUUCCUGUCUCUCUGGGGCUUCUGUCAGUGUGAUCAGCAGUGUUUCUUCAACAUACAAAUCCUCAAACAAUCAUGGUGUCCUCAUACAGUUCUAAUGAUAAUCAUAUUCAAAACUGAUGAUGACACACUGGUUCUUAUUUAUAUAUUACAUGUGUCUCACCAACUCUUUAUUUAGUCACCUACUGUGAAAAAAAACUCUCACUUACUCUAUUCCCUUUUUUUUUUUUUUUUUAGAUCCACAAUGACAUGAAUCUAUUUUGAAAUAUUCUAAGUCCAUUAAGAACACAAUGACAAGCUUUCACCAACUGCUUACCUGAGUCUAACUUCCAUAUUAUAUGUAUUAGCCUAUAUUGUAUUCACAUUGGGCUUCAUUUAUCAAUAAUUUAUUACAAAUGUGUGUAAAUGAUUUUGUAGGCCUAACUGAACUAAAACUUUUUACAAGAUUUCUGAAAAUAAUGGUAACAGAUUUUCUUUGUACUCAAGUAGAGAUGUUGAUAAAUGCCAAUCACCCAUAAAUUACGAAUCACAUUCACAGCACAGCUGAUUUACAUUUGGUGACAGACACAAAACUCCAUAAAAGGCAAAGCUGACAGAGCUGAAAAGGACAAAACGAUGACUAAAUGGAUAAAAAGCACAUCUAAGGCAGUGUGCGGUCAACUUUCCAGCAAAGCAGCUCAGCCAUUGCAGUGAGUCGGCUACCACAGACACACUCUUCCUCCUCCUAUAAGGUGCUAUUUCUUUUAUUUUAAUUGAAUAAUUAGUUUUCACUUACACACUUUAAGUAACUACUUUAUCUUGGUCAGGGUCAUGAUGGAUCCAGUAGAUCCAAUAGACCCUAAAUGGGAAUGCCAGUCCUUCUCAGAUAGCAAGACUUAUUUGUAAUAAUUUGUAAUAAUUUAGGAAUUUGUUUUGGAUUGCGUUAAGUCAUUAAUAUGAAAUGUGUUUCACAAAAUGUGCUUGUAAUUCGAUUUGACAGUGUAAUCCAGAAAUAAAAUUGCUGUAACUUAUCACCAAUUACACGAUUCGAAGCUGAUUGGUCAAGGUUCAAUAUUCGCGAGUCUCCGUAGAUGAUUUAGACAAACUCUGGAGCUCUGGUACGAUAUAAAUUUCUUUCCGAACAAAAAGGAUUUGUAUGAAUAAUUCAUUUCUUGUGUAAAUGCUACUGUUAGUGAUUUAUGAAUUUACAUUCUUUUCUCCAGUUUGAUAAAUGAUGCCCAUUAUGUGUACAUUAUGUAUGUUGUACUUUUACUUGUAAAACCACAUACAGCCUAGAUUAGUUAACACUAAAGACUUUAUUUAAAUUGUCAUCUAGCAUCGUAUUUCCAAUGACCAUAUUCUAUUUUUUCAAACACUUUUUUGUGUGUAGUUACAAUACAGUCCUGUCAUGUAUUCUUGCAAUCUUUUUCAGAUAUCUACAUGGAGCUAUACUUUUGCCUUUUGAUAUAUUAAUAUUAAUAAGAAACUGUAGAGUGAGGUCAUUUUAAAGGUUACUCUCAGCUAUUGCUUGUACUAAUCCUUGGCAUUCAUUCACAGCAAAAUGCAUUAUAAUGCUUCUUGAUGCUUAUUCAUGCUAAUGCAAGUUAAAUUGUCUUCCAGUUUUUCCCACUGUCCUUAGUGUAGAGAACAUAACUGUCUAUAGGAUAGCACCCUCACAACCUAGGUGCAGCAAUGCUCUUACUCAUCAUAACUCGUUAUUAAUAUAUUAUACACAAUGCAAUGAAUUAUUAAUGUAUAAUUAUAAAAGUUACGUCUUCCACUAUGUGGUCAUGCACAUUGAACUGUUAUUGAAUUCAAAUGCGUUUUUGCACAUGCUUUUUUGCCACAUUUACGUCACUACAGAAGCUGCUGCUUUAUGUUUGCAGGUAGUAUAAUAAGGACCAGGUGCUAGGAAUGAACCCAGACUAGAAUUAGGGUUAAUGCAAAAUUAGAUGUGCUACGAUUGAGCAAAUGCUUGAGGGAGGGUCCAUUUAGUCAAAUCUAGUAUGAUAUUGUGACCUACAAAUGGCUGGGAAGUUCCAUCACUGUCUCAGGAUUCUUCUGGGGUUUAACAGAACUAGGGUUUUCGG